AUGCCCUUCGGACUAAAGGGGGCACCUGCCACCUUCCAAGCAAACAUAAACGCCUACCUGAACCCAUUACUAGGUCAUGGCGUCAUUGCCUACUUAGAUGAUAUGCUCAUAUACAGCAAUACUCUGGAGACACACGCUCUGCUUCUACAGCAAGCCCUUGACAUCUUCUUGGAGCACCAGUUCUACCCCAAGCUGACUAAAUGCAAAUUCGGCCAACGAGAGCUAACAUACCUGAUGUUUAUGGGACCGAAGUACGCCGAUAUUGCGCGCCCGCUAGUGGAGCUGACGGGCAAAAACUCACCUUUCCUUUGGAGAGAGGAGCACUCCGCCGCCGUCCGCCAACUUAAACAACUCCUCUCCGACUUCACGACCUUGCAGGUACCCGACGCAAAUAAACCCUACACGCUCUACACCGACGCCUCGGGAUACGCAAUCGGAGCGGUCCUGGAGCAAGAAGGCAAGCCUGUGGGAUUCGUCAGUCAGGUCAUGACCCCUACGCAACAGAAGUACUCCAUCUAUGAUCAAGAACUUCUGGAGCUCAUCUCCGUCUUAGAUAAGUGA